AGCUGGCCGAGCCGAGCCGAGCCGGGCGGAAGGAGCAGCCCGGGUCCACGGACUCGAGAGGCUUGGCACCAGCGCCCAGCAGAUUGUGGCGGUCAGCGGGGAGAGCCGGCUGCCGAGGACCGCCGCUAUGUCCUCCACCACCGUGAACAACGGCGCCGCCGGCAUGCCGUCCCCGCCGGACGCCGCCAACGGCUUCCCGCAGCCGGGAGCCUCCUCGGGAGCCUGGCCGCGGGCGGAGGAGGAGCUGCGCGCCGCCGAGCCGGGCCUGGUGAAGCGCGCGCACCGCGAGAUCCUGGACCACGAGCGCAAGCGGCGCGUGGAGCUCAAGUGCAUGGAGCUGCAGGAGAUGAUGGAGGAGCAGGGGUACUCAGAGGAGGAUAUCCGGCAGAAGGUUGGGACCUUCCGGCAGAUGCUGAUGGAGAAGGAGGGAGUGCUGAGCAGGGAGGACCGGCCUGGGGGCCACUGCGUGGUAGAGACGCCGCGACGCAUCAAAGGCUUGGAGCCGGGCUUAGAGUACGCGCCCUUCGAGGAGGACGAAGGCCCGGUGGACUGCGACUGUCCAGCCGCCUGCUACCGAGGGCACCGGGGGUACAGGACCAAGCACUGGUCCAGCAGUUCCGCAUCACCCCCUCCCAAGAAGAAGAAAAAGAAAAGUGGCCACCGGAGGAGCCGCAAAAAGAGGAGACUAGAGUCUGAAUGCAGCUGUGGGAGCGCCUCACCCCUGCGCAAGAAGAAGAAGAGCAUGAAGAAACACCACCGAGACAGGUCUGCUUCUGGCUCCCGGAGGAAGAGACGGCACAGAUCUCGAAGUCCCAAGAGCAAGAGAAAAGAGAAGAACAAAUGGCGGAAGAGGCCUCAUGCUGAGUCCCCAGGGCGGAGGUCUCACCGCCACAGCAGCGGCACUUCCCACAGCCCGUCUCUGUCUUCUCACUGCAGUGACUCCGGAUCGCCCAGCAGGCUGAGCCCCAAGCACCGAGAUGACGGGCGGAAGACGGGCAGCCAGCAGUCCAGCGAGAGCAGGUCGCCGUCCCCAUCGGAAGGCAGCGGAUGGGGGUCGCCCCAGCAGAACGGUGGCAGCCGGCAGCGGAGCGGAGCGCACGGGGACCGCCCCGGCUCGGCGCACAGCCCGCCGGAUAAGCCCAGCUCGCCUUCACCCAGGGCCCGCGACAAGGCGGCCAGCGCCGCGCCCACGCCGCCCGCGCGCGGGAAGGACAGCCAGAGCCCACGCUCGGCGAGGUCAUCUCAGGGCCGCGGAGGCCGCGCCGCGGGAGGGACCGGCCGGCGCCGGCGGCGGCGGCGGAGGAGGAGGCGGCGAUCGCGGUCCUCGGUAUCCGGGCCCCGCCGCAGGGGUCGACGGCGCGCCAGGCCCGCUCCGCCCCGGGGCUCGUCCCGCUCGCUCAGCCGGGUUCACUCGAGCAGCGACUCGGCCGGAGGUGUCCAGGGACCCGGGCCAGAGCCGGGCUCGGAGCGAGGCCACGGCGGACACGGGAAACGGGCAAAGGAGCGGCCCCCGCGCGCCCGGCCGGCCAGCAUCUCGCCGUCCCCAGGCCCGCACGGCCGGCGCGGUGGCGGCGCGGAGGGCAACAGCUCGUCUCGCAGCCCCGGCCCGCAUCCUCGAUCCUGGAGCUCCAGCUGCUCGCCCUCCAAAUCGCGCUCGCGCUCCCCAGAUAAGAGAACCCGCAGCCCCAGCCGCUCACCAUCGCCCAAGAAACCCCUGGGCCGGGACAAGGACAGCGAGGGCCGGGCGAGGCACGCCGAGGCCGAGGCCGCCCGCGCCCGGCGCCGAUCCCGCAGCUAUUCGCCCAUCCGCAAGCGGCGCCGCGACUCGCCCAGCUUCAUGGAGCCGCGGCGCAUCACCAGCGCCCGAAAGCGUCCCAUCCCCUACUACAGGCCGAGCCCGUCCUCUUCCUCCAGCGGCCUGAGCAGCGACUACUCCAGCCGGAGCCGCAGCCGCAGCCCGAGCCCGGGCCGCAGCCACGGGAGCUAUAGCAGCCGCAGUCGCGCGACCCGCAGCCGCACGCGCAGCCCCUCCAGGACCCCCAGUGCCAGCUACCACAGCAGGAGCAGUUCUGAGAGUGGGGGCUUCUGAGCCCAGACAGACCCAGCUGGGGGGAGGGGUCCCCCUGGCACAAGGAGAGGCUGAACUCCCACCUAGGACCUGGGGAGGAAGGGGGCUGUGACAUCCCCCCCCCCCAAACACACUGCAAUUGAGAGGUUCUGGGGUUGGGGAACAGCAUGCGGGCAGAUGGGAUCAAGGAAGACCUCCAGAGUGGGCGUGCCACCCAGAAGGAGGAAACAGACUGUGCUGUCCCUUAAAGGGUGCCCACCUCCAUCUCUUGCCCACCCACCAUGCCCAGGGAUCAAAGAGCCUUUGCGAACAUAGGGAUUGCCCUGUUCCUCUUCCUGCUUGAGGCCUGCCUGGGGCCCCGUUGCCCACGUAUGGUACAAGAGUCCACAAUAGGCUGUUACUUCAGCUCAGCUCACUGGACCAUGGCACCUCUCCAAAGGUGCCAAGGCUGGGAGACCCCUCUCCAAUCCGUACACUCCAUAGCACAGUUCUCUCUCUCUCCCUCUCCCUCUUUCCCCCUCUCCCUCCCUCCCUCCCUCUUUCUGUCUCUCAUGGACCACAAGGUGACUAUAAGUAAACCAGACGGAAGGAAGAAUGGGCCGACCCUCGGUGUAGGCUGGGGCGUUCACUCUUGGUCCAGUCUCUCCAGCCCUCACACCAAGCCCAGAUCAAAACCAAAGCUAGCAGAUCUUCAAGCAGGACAAGAGAUGAGGGGGUGUGUGGGGAGGGGGCGGGUGGAAUUCAGACCACCCUAAGGUCAAAGACGGGGUGGUUCAGACCAAGAGGUGAAAGAGAACACGGGUAGACAACGGAGGAAUUUUUGAGCGUGGGGUCGUCGUGAAGGUGGGAAGAGUGGAAAACAUCCUUAGUAUGCAGCCGCCCCCCCCCCCCAAGAGGAGGGCACAGCCCGGUGGUAUCUGGGACAUGACAGGUACAGGAUAACAUGCAAUGAGCUUUGGGGCAUCCCCAAGACAGGUUUUGUUCCCAGGCUUUGGUGGGACAGGGUCAGCAAAGGUUUCCCCCCCACACACACCCAGAGCAGGAGCAAGUAGGCUUCAGGCAAGGCUCUUGGCCUGGGGACAUCGACCAGGAAGCAGCGGCCCCCCAGCCCCCUCCUCCAGGGGCCCUCAGGGAUUACACAAAGUCUUCCUUGGCCCAACAGGGCAGAUGCCCUGGGCUCUGGUGGGGGGGGGAGGGGUCUGGGGUCUGGUCCGGGUUGCACCCUCUCUCAAUUUCCCCCUCCCUUUCUCGGCGGUGCGGAUAACGAUUGGACUCUUAAUAAAAACACUAGG